AUGGCACCUAAGGCUCCCGCAGAAGCGCGGGAGGUUGCCGAUGGCAUGCACGCUAUGAACGUUGCCGGGCUCGAGAAGUACAUAAACUCCGCACAAAAAGCGCUUGAUAACGAGGCAGUGCAGCGCAAACGGUCAAACGCCAUACCGAGGAGAUUGAGUAUUUGCACGACGUGCUCGCUGUCAGACCCGACGGACGAAGAGAAAAUAGAUCUCCUCGCUUUGAAAGUUUGUGCCUCGCAAACCGUGCGGCGGGAUACCUGCUCGAAUGAUAGACAAGAGCUCAGGAAGGCAUUGUUUGACGGGCAGGAAGCUGGCGAACUCGACCCAAGCUACGGCAAAGCGCUGCAGGUACUUCCGCCAGCGAAAGCCCAUCAGAUCCUCGGAGACCUUGUCGAAGGCUAUAGAUGUCUUAACUAUGGCGUUACGCCAACAAGGCCUUGCCAGGGGCAAAGCCUCAAUGACGCACUCUUUGGUGCAUACGGCGGGUUCCCGGAAGCGAUGAGGUGUUAA